AAGUUUCCACUUGAGUGUGUUAAUUAAUGAGUUGAUCUCAUCAAUGAGUUCAUCUAUCAACUGACACUGAAGCCUCUUCAAGAUGGAAGUUCCCAUCUAUUUACUAGUGGACCUACUUCUCUGUAGUCUGGUCUUGCUUCUAUGUCAGUCAUUAGCAGAUUCAUCCCCGUCAUUCCUGAGUGAACCACGGUCAAGAAUCGUCAAGCACAACAUCCGCGUCAAACUCCGCUGUAAAGUAGACCCUAAAGACGCUCCUAUCUGGUGGUCAUUCAACGGCCAAGACAUCACGGACCCAGCUAGUCUGGGGAUGCAAGUCACUCCAAAAUACCUCAAGAUUGAUUCUUUUCAGGGUGAAGGGGAGAGGUCCCAUAAUGGUGGUUAUCAGUGCAAAGCAGGAAACAGGACAGGAUUGAUAGUCAGCAGGGUAGCGCAUGUACAGGCUGCUUAUUUAAGACGAUUUUCAACGCAUCUACCAGCGACAGCUUAUGCCAAGAAGGGCAGCGUAGCAGUUAUAGAAUGUGAAGCACCAGACAGCAUACCACCAGCUGUCAUGUCCUAUGAGUUCAAAGGUCAAACAAUAUCAGGCUCCUCAGAUCAUUACAGGAUAAUGCCGUCUGGUCAUCUUCACAUCAUUAAUGUAUCAGAAUCAGAUGAGGGUCACUAUACGUGCUUAGCUACCAACCCAACUCUGUCUAAGACACACACAGCAGGGAACGGAACAACGCUAGUACUACAGGAGGUGUCUGAAGUCCGAAUCCCACCCAGCAUACAGACAUCAAGGGGCGUGUCAGUCAACAUUCAUGAGAGGGCGGUUCUAGAGUGUGUAGCAGGUGGUGUACCGUACCCAGAUGUCCAAUGGGAUAUGGUGGAAGGCUCGAUACCAGAUAAUGGCGUCCAGUACCCAGGCAGUCUAGAAAUCACAUCUGUUUCUAGGAGUGAUGCUGGGGUGUAUACAUGCACAGCGCUGAAUGAGCAAGGUCAAUCACAGAGGUCAGAGGUCACACUAGAGGUCAUAGAACCCGUGUCUAUUGCCAAGGCGCCUAAGAACACUCAUGUUGACCUGGGAGGCACUGGUCACUUCAAAUGCACAGUCAGAGGAGUCAAUCAGAACCAGAUUGUCUGGUUAUUUAAUGGACAAAGAAUCUCAGAAAUGAGCACGAGACAUGAAAUACUAGAGGGUCAGCUUAUUAUCAAUGAAGUCAGCCGAUCAGAUCUGGGUCCAUACCAGUGCUUUGUGCAGACUGACCAUGGCAGUGCACAGGCCACAGCUAAACUCAUGCUCAGAGAGGGAUUUCCUGCCAUCGUGGACCCACCAGUCAACACCACCGCUAUCGAAGGAGAGAACGUCUUUCUGUCUUGUGGCAUCACUGGGGAUCCUAUGCCAUUUGUUAGUUGGCAUGACCCACUGGGAACCGUUGUACGGAAUACCAGGAGCAUGUUCAUCUCGGAAGAAACUGGUGGAUUAACCAUUUCCCGGGUUGGUCCAGACGAUGUGGGUUGGUAUCGAUGCACAGCAGCCAACAAACAUGGACGGGUAGCUGCAGAAGCUUAUCUGGCAGUCAUUGAGAAAAUCAGCACGACACCGGUACCAGAGAGCAGCUCACGACACGUCCUGAACCCGCCUGUAAAUGAUGACAUCACCAUAACAACACAAACAACAGAUGAACCAAAUAAACCCGGAACAGUUCCUGAUGCUCCUACUAAGCCUAUCAUCAUCAAGACAUCAGACACGUCCGUUGAGACAAGAUGGGAUUACUUCAGCAGGAUACCAGUGACUAGUUUCACCAUUCAGUACAGGGAUGUAGCGUCAAUCGAUGGUUGGGUUACCGCUUCUAAUGUCAUCCCUCUCAACAGGAGAGUUUAUGAAGUGCAGGGAUUGAAAGAAGGUGCAACAUAUCGUUUCCGUGUCAUCGCAUCUAACACCCACGGUGACAGUGAACCUAGUGAGAUGUCUAAUCGUUUCUUGAUGCACGUCCCUGGCAGUAUGGAUCCACCGGUCCGGCCACCAUUAGACCCACCAAGAAUCAUCAACUGUGUCGCGAUGAGUUCUACCUCAAUCCUGGUAGAAUGGGAGUUUGAGCCAGAAUUCCCUGAUAUCCCAGUCACCGGAUUCUACGUUCACUAUCGCAACACGGACAGUGAUGAUGACAACGAUUACACACGCACACCGGUGGUCGGUGAUGACGUCCGACGCUAUCAGAUCCGUAAUCUAGAGGCGGAGUUGACCUAUGACAUCAAGAUGCAAACAUUUAAUGAUGGAGGGGAGAGUCCAUUCAGUAAUGUGAUCAUCCGUGAAACUAUGGCUCAACAGACCCCACCACCACCCAUCAUCAUCCCAGACCCUUACCCAUCUAACCCUUCGUCUGGUGGUCGUAAUCCCAACAUCCCAUCCAUACCUGAUGAUACAGAGCCUGAUGCAUCCACCAAUCAGGGUGAAGAUAUCUUAUACAUCACCCUAGGCGUGGUGCUAGGAGCGAUGUUAUUGGUUCUCAUCAUGUUUGGGGUCAUGUGUAUAUGGAGGGCCAAACAAGUCAACAAUGACAGACUUGCCCGUGAUUGGCAUUAUGGUUAUUACUGCGAUGGAGCCUACCGUCACAAUAACGGGAACGCCUACAAGUUUGGUCAUUACAUGAACGGUAACACACCCCAGGGACAUGGAGGAGGUAACCCACCCUAUGGUGAAACAGCCACGCCUGCUGACCCUCGACCUCUCUACACAAUGCCUCAGGACACCCUGGAUGAAGCUAACUACUUCCCUGGUCUUUCACCUCCGACCUCUCCCGUUGCUAAUGGUCACAUCCCGGCAACCAACCAAACCCUUCAACCCAGUCACAUGACCAGCCCCAAUGAGAACACCAACUCUAAUCAUAGCAGCGGAGCAUCCAAUGAACAUCUGUAUGUCAACGGUAGCUGUCGUAGCUUACGUGGUGCUGGAGGGAGUUUAGAUAGGGAAGGUCAUCAAGGUCAGGGGUCGUUGACCUUUCCUGGGUCGGGGUCAUAUGGUACUGGAGACCGGCCAGUGUGCCCUAGUAGACAUCCUAAAGGUGAUCGCAGCAGACGAAGGAAACGAGAGGGCACGACCAGUAGAGAAGCCACAGAUACUGAAAUGGCUUCUGAGGUCCCACCAUCGUCAAAGAAUAACGUCCCUCCAACAGUAGCUCAAACAGCGCCCUCGCCUGGCAAUGAGACUUCCAGUCAGCAAGGUUUGUCACCAGAGGUCAAUCUGACACUACCUAGUCAGGGGUCACAUGACUCCCUCAACCAAUCACAAGACAGCGGUUCUUGUAGAAUUGUCAAACAUUCAGACAUAUAGUAUUUCUGUUCAACAGGGUGGUGUCAACCAGUUUAGUGUAAUUAUUUUUUUAACCUGCGCACCCCUUCUGAACUGAAAUGGAUGCUCCCUAUUUACUGUCAAACAGUGGAGCAAGCAUUAUUUGAGAGGGGUGUUUCUUUUAAAAAAAUGACUGUCAGGGUUUACGUUUUUUGUAAAUAAUAUUUUCUUGUAAAAAGAAUGUUACUAAAGGCUGAGAAUGAACAAGUUUGAACUUGAUUUUUUUUUGAAAUUGAAAACUGUAAAAACGUAUUGCCGAAUCAGAGAGACUCUUAUACAAACUGCGAUCAUCCCACCAAUCACCAAUGAGCUUCUUUACAUUUCUUCUUCCAGUUGAAUAUUUAUGCAAGCAAACCGACUGAAAAGAUCUGUUCCAUCACGUUUGAUAGCUUAUUGUCAUGGUAUGCCGUCAAAUCAUCAUGAAUAUGCAGCAGCUGAUUUGCAUAUGCAAAUCAAAAUCUUCCAUUCAUCCAUUCACUUCCAAAAACAAACAAGCCCUCCUGAAUAUGCAGCAGCUGCUUUGAAUAUAUUAUGUACACAAGUACACUCUUCCUUAUGCCACCUCAUUGUUUCAAACAUAUACAAUAAACAUGAAUAUGCAGCAGCUGUUUUGAAUAUGCAAAUCAAAGUUUUCUAACCAUCCCUCCAAUAGAAGAACGCUUUUUGUGCCUUGUUGUUAAUUUACAUUCAUUUUGCACCCUUAUUUAAACGCACGGAUUGUAUUUUUGUAAUCACGCACAAAAUAAUGUUUGCUUUUUGUUUGCUUUUGAAAAUAUUCCUCUUAUAAAUGAAUCAAUGGGAUUUAAAUUACUUGUGCUCAUGCUCAUGAAUGUAAUUAAUUUCUUCCUUUGUUGACCGAAACACUGCCAUUGUGAUUUUAAAAAUACUGCCAUUGAAUAUUUAAAUGUAAAUUGUAUUGUAAUUUUGAAGCGGGGCUUCCUAAACAAAAUUGUAUAAGCGCCAGAACAAGCAAAUAUGCUCAACAGAAAUCUGUGCUAAGCGUGAUUGAGCCCAAUUCAUGUACAGUGGUUGAGUGAGGGAUGGUCUGUGCUUACUGCUUACAUUAGGUUAGCAAGUUCUGUUAGACUUCAUUAAGAGGCUGAUCCCAUGUGGAUAUCAGAGAGGUAUCUAUUUGGUGACUGGAAAAGAGGCUAAACAUUUGGCUAAAAAGUUCAUUGAGUAAUGUGGAAACUGGGCCCCAUUUCUAGUGAUGGCAGCCACAUAACGGAGAGAUUAUUUCCAAAAUGUGAUAUAAGCCAUUUUGUUACCUUUCUGAAUCCUGCUGUCUCCUGGCUGCCCGAAAGCAAUUUUGACGGCUGUUAUAUGCUUAAACACAACUUAAGAAUACAAUCAAGCGAAGAAUGAUUUUUAGAAAUAGCGAUUACACUGUUUUUUAUUCCUUUAAGUUUCAGAACUGUGCAAAUGUUCACCUUUAUCAAAUGUAUAGGCCGCAUUUUGGAAAUAAACUCUUCAUAUGCUUAAGUUCUAUAGGUAAAUGGUGUGUUGUCUGCUGAAGGCAAAAGCUGAGUUUAUAAAGCUAGGGCUAGUUUGUAGUCACAGCUUCAAGUGCUUUAAAAGCUGCACCUGAAUUGCACAUCCAUUUGGAAGCAUCUUACAAUGUAGCUAUUCCCAAAGUGCAGUAAAAUUUGUACUUUAUCAGAGUUAAAUGUCAGUAUUUCAGCUCAUUAUUUUUGGUACCUCAAAUGUAAAUAAAAACGUGGAAUAAUGCAAAAUCAUGGAUUCAAAGUGAUAGAUUUCAGCUGUAUGUUGAGAUGUUGAAAUCUGAAUAAUUUGUUAGUAACUUCCAAAAUUGUGCUAGAACAUGUCGCUUGUCAACAUGGACAUUAUUGAUCAAGACAAAUCAGGUCUGUGGUGACCUGGAGGUCAGAUGAUAUGCUAAUUUAUGUCAAAGGUCAGCCCAUAAGUCCGUAUUAUAAUAUUCACUAUAUUUUAUGUAUAUAUAUGAAGGCAAUACAAUGUACAGAUUGUAAUUACUAUUACGUAUUCAUACAUUUUACCCGACGGCUUUUAUGUAAAAACAAAACAAAAAUCCAAAAUACUGUGCCGUUGUUUUCUACUAUUUAUUUCUGACCACUUUUAUGCAGUGGAUGUACAAACCAAAAUGCUUGGUGGAUGCCAUCAUUGAAAAAUGUCGGUCAGUAAAAAUUGUUGACCGUUUUUUCUUCUUAAUUUUGUGUGUAGACAUUGUUAUGUGAUCUUGUCUUUGUAUGCGUACUUCUUGACAAAUAAUGCUUAAAUCUGAAAUACUUCUAUAUAUGUAUGUGUAAACUUAAUGAUGAGGAUAUCAGUGGGUUCAUGUUAGUCCAUGUAUAAUGUUGGUGUUGGUUGCUAUGGUACACAAUCGUUACCAUGGAAACAAGAUGUAGUGUGAAUUGCACUGCAUUCAGAUUGUCAUUUAAUAUUGGUGUAGCUUUCCCAGUCUCCAAAAACUUUCUUUUUUAGUUUUUGUUUUCUUUUAACUCUAUUUUCUUACAAAUGCACAGUAUUACAGUUCAACACAUUUUUUAAAAGUUUCCUAUUUUCUUAAAACUUUGUCUUUGCAAUCAUUGGUUUUUGUUGAAGAAAAACGAAAGAAAAAGGAUGACAAAUUCCCAAAACACUGACAAAUAUCAGCUCUCGACGUGUAACAGGUGCCAUUCCGAGAUGACACCAAGUUGCAAUCAGUUCGACACAAAUUUUAAGAAAAGCUUAACAUAUACGCAGCUAUUUGCUUGCAUUGAUAUUUGAGCAUUUUGGCCUGUUAUCCUUGAACAACUAACAUGAAUUCACUGAUUACCUUUGCUUUCUGUGAAAGGAAAGAUCGCUCUUUAUGUGCUGCUGCAGCUAGUGUAAUGUACUGUAACAUGUAUGACUAUAGUGAUGUGCAUAGAGAGAAUGUGUGGUGAAUAAUCUGUCCAAGUUAUGAAGUCAUUUUUGCUGGGCAUGCUUUGCUAUCAUGUUCGCACCCAUCUGGCCAAAUUAUCCAAUGUGUACACUCUUCAAGAUAGCUUGAAUACCAUAUCAUUAGAAGCCCUUUAGCAUCUCUCCAUGCCGGUAGACUUCAAGGCUUAUUUCAUAGGAGUAUGGAGUACAGGCUAUGUUACACAUUGCUUUUGGUUAAUAGACAGCUGGGUGCACCAGAUAGCAAAUGAAUGCUCAUUCAAAGUUACAUCAUGUUUAAUGGGUAUCUUCCUGACCACUUGAGGGCGCUGUUUCCAAUUUAAAUAUCAGAGUAUACACCUAAAAUAAACUCACACUUUGGGCAGUUUUGCUGAAAUGUAUAUUUUAACUAUCAAAUCUUUUAUUGAAGAGAUGUACAAUUUCUUUGGUAAAGGAGUUUGUCCUUAAUGUCCAUGUCUGUGUUAAAGCGCCCUCAUGCAGUCGUCACGUAAUGCCUAUUGCAACUUUGUGCGAAUAAGUGUAGUAAGCAUCCAGCAAUCAGUAUUCACUAUAAAGUAGAUGCCUCCUUGAACCAUUAGGUGCUUAGCCUAGAUAACUAUGCUUAGCACUAAAUGUAUUACUUGCCGUUGUGUCACUUAGGCCAAAUUAUUAUGGAGCUGCAGGGCCUGUCUCAAAUGGUAUCCGUAACGAGUUCCUGACAAGUUGUGGGCAUUGUAUUGGUAUAAGUUGCAGGAUUCAGAACAAUUGUCCUUGCAAUCUUCCCACAAUGAUGUUAUCAGUAAUGAGUAUUGGUGAGUCAAGCAGUUGCUCAUCAUAAACAUUUCCCCGGACAUGUCCGUGACAAAAGCGGAGCUUCUUCCGGACUAAGUGAAUGAUUCUACCCACAACUUGUCCAGAACUCAUGCUGGAUAUGAUUUGAGACAAGCCCUAAGACGAACACACUGCUUGGCAAAGGCUGAGCAGAAAACCAGUCAGUAGCAAAUAACAAAGCUACAAAUGGCAUUUUAGCUGGUAACCAAUGUUUCUUCUCACUAGUAGCGCCAUGAAACCAGCCUGAAUAGAUCUCAGCGUAGGCUUUGGGACUAAGAUUAACUGCAUUGGAAGACGAACUAGGCUGAUCAGAGGCAUGGUAGAAAAAUGCAUUAUAAAAGGUACUCGGAGGAAGUUGUAUUGUUCUUGGGGGAAUUUCUAAACCUUUUCUUUUUCUUCGGCUCAGUCAGAAUUUACACCCCUGACGUGGGAAAUUUUGGCCCAGUAUUCACUGUAGGUCCAUGCUGUGCUUUACAAAGGAAGCCGACAUUUGGAGUAUUUCUAUUCAAUUGGGAUAUUUAAAAUAAAAUCUAAAUAAUCGUACCUGGGAUGAAGCCAGCGAUGAAGCGAAGCUGUCUAAAACUUCCUCUGAUAAUUCAUCCCGGAUAUCUAAACGCUUUUGUUAAUGACAUUGAAGAAAAAUCCAAUUUUGCCCAACCUUUGUUUGGUUUCUCCAGUACUAGGGAUGCAAGUCCUGCAGUUGCCUGAUUUUAGGUCAUUUUUUCAAAUUGUAACAUCUUGACACCAUACACGUAUGUACAUUUUUCUUUACACUUCAAAUUUCAGGCAAAAAUGUCAGAUUCCACUUAUAUCCCUGUGUGGAUUUCCCCAAAAUCUUUGAAACCAUGAACUAAAACUUCUACAUCAUCAGUCUCAGUCUGCCCAAUUUAGUACCCAGUAACUACUUAUGACAAAAACUGUACUUAUUGACUUCAAUCUUUAUCCUGUUAUUUUUUAAUUGUCAUGACAAACCAUCGAAAUGAUAUUUGAAGAGUAUAGUAUUUGUAAAUGAGUAUAUUGCGGAGACUUAUUGGAUAUAAAAAAUGGUAUGCUCCAUUGAUGUUGAAAAAUUA